CGCUGCUAGGUGUCUAGUGAUUACAAUAACUUGCUUGAACAACACAAAAUAAAGUUAAGUAGGAAAAGUGUAUUAAUUACGUUAAUCAUGAAUGUCUUGGGCAGAAGUGUGAUAAAUAUAGCAAGAGCUUGCAUAACAAAUUCCACCCGAGGUGGCGCGUCAAGUCUGACCAAGUUCUACGGGAAUAGUUAUAUCCAAGGAAGCAUACUAAAUGCCGCAAGAACAUGUGUGAAUAUAGGAUUACAAGGAUUAGAACAGAUCAGAUUAGGAAGCACGUUGUGGCAAAUGCUCAGGAGAAAUGGGCCAUACAAGAAACGCAAACCUUCGAAGAAUCCUUUCAGUGGCCAGCCAUUUAUGAAGGGCGUUGUUUUGAAAACCAUCAUUAAGAAACCGAAAAAGCCUAAUUCCGCAAAUCGCAAAUGCGUCAUUGUACGAUUAUCGAAUGGCCGGGAAAUGACGGCAUAUGUCCCUGGAAUCGGUCACAAUUUGCAAGAACACAAUAUAGUACUCUGUAGGGUUGGUCGAUUGCGAGAUGUACCUGGUGUCAAAAUAAAAUGCGUUCGCGGAAAAUACGACUUGCCACAUGUAACUAAACGCGAAUAGUUUCCAAUUAGCUGCUAUCAACAUCUGUCAUCGUGUAUAUUUUUAUUAAUUAUGUACAAUACUUACAAUAAGUGUAUGUAAAAAUAAUAAUUAUUUCUUAAAAUAUUUGAA